AUGAGACUCGGCGACGACUGGAGUACAUCGAAGGGCAUUACUCGGGCCUUAUUCGAUUGCUUUCACGAGGCUGCGGCGGAAUGCUUGGCCGAAAUGGAACGCGAGCGCGAAGCGGUGGAGCAGGUCCAGGCGAAGCAGAUCCCGAGGCCGAUUCGACGACGGACAUUUGUCCUCCACGAGCACGCCAACGUCUGUUCGCAGAAUAUUUUGCCGAGCAACUACGGUGGGGCCCGACCGUUUUUCACCGCCAUUUCAGAAUGCGACGAGAACUUUUUCUCAGCAUUGUCCAAACGUUGGAGGCUCGAGAUGAAUACUUCCAAAGUGCACGGUUGCGCUCGGCAGUUGGCAUACGGCACCGCGGCGGAUAUGUACGACGAGUACCUUCACGUUGGGGAGACAACUGGCCGCGAGUGCUUAAAGAAUUUUUGUAGGGGAGUUAUGGAGGCUUUUAGCAACACAUAUUUGCAAAAACCGACUGUUGUGGAUUGCCAGGCCCUAAUGAAGAUGCACGAGAUGGCGCACGGCUUUCCUGGAAUGCUAGGGAGCAUCAAUUCGGGGUCGAACAACGACAUCAACGUCCUCAACUUAUCCAACCUCUUCACCGAGCAAUGCAAUGGCAACGGCCUGACCAUCGAGUUCACUGCCAACGGACGCCAAUAUCAUAUGGGCUACUACUUGGCCGAUGGCAUAUACCCAAGGUGGCCUGUUUUUGAGAAGACGAUCAGCUACCCAAUGGAUGACAGGAGAGUUUUAUUCGCGCAAAAGCAGGAGGCUGCGCGGGAGGAUGUGGAGCGGGCAUUUGGAGUGCUCCAAUCGUGGUGGGCAAUAGUGAAGGGUCCGACGCGGUUCUGGUACAAGGACGUCAUCGCCGAUGUCAUGUAUGCGCGCAUCAUCUUGCAUAACAUGAUAGUCGAACACGAAGGUGGAAGAGUCACCGAUUGGGGCGAUGAUGAAGCUGGAUCUAGCUCCAGCACGGCGACCCCGCCCCACGUUCGAGGAUUACCGAUGGGCUUCAAUGAGGUUCUAUCUAGACAUGCCCCAAUGCGCAACCAACAAGACCAUGUUCAGCACAUGAACGUCAUGAUUGAAGAAGUUUGGAACCGUGACCGUCAUUGA